CAGCCCUCAGGCUCUUCUACCCGGUAACCAGUGAUGCAGAGGUCAUGGGACUCUGUUCUGGUUUUUACAGCAGUUCCUAUCAGAACCAGUUAGUUCCUCUGACUGGGAGAGAGAGAGAGACAUGGCUCCAUCACCGCUCUGCUGGCUGCUGAUCGUCAUCAUCAUAAACUCUGCUGAUGGAUUCAGAAAUUGCCAAGUGAAUCUUUGUGCCUUUAACUCCACUGAGCUGCUAGACAUCCAGUUCAUCAGCUCCUACAUUUACAACAAGAUAGAGUAUGUCAGGUUUGACAGCAACGUGGGGAAGUUUAUUGGAUAUACGGAGUUUGGAGUGAAGAAUGCUGAACAAUGGAACAAAGAUCCUUCAAGGAUAGCAAUGAUGAGAGCUCAGAAGGAAACCUACUGCCUGCACAACAUUGGUGUCGACUACCCGAAUGUUCUGACUAAAUCAGUCAUCCCCACCGUCACACUUCACUCCCGGACUCCCCCUGCUGGCCACCACCCCUCCAUGCUGGUCUGCAGCGUUUAUGAUUUCUACCCUAAAACCAUCAACGUCGGGUGGCUGAGAGAUGGACAGGAAGUGACAUCAGACGUCACCACCACUGACGAGAUGGAGGAUGGAGACUGGUACUACCAGAUCCACUCCACGCUGGAGUACACGCCCAGACCUGGAGAGCGCAUCUCCUGCAGGGUGGAACAUGCCAGCCUGAAGGAGCCUCUGAUCAUCGACUGGGACCCGUCCAUGCCAAAGUCAGAGAGGAACAAACUGAUCAUCGGAGCUUCGGGAAUGGUCCUGGGUUUGAUCCUGUCUCUGGCUGGAUACAUCUACUACAAGACGAAGCCCAGAGACAUAUCCCUGUUGGCCAAAGCUAUCCAAGACAGCACCGUCCCACCGCCUGCGCCCAUGGCGGUCAGCGGAGAUCCAACCAACUACCUCAAAUGGAAAGAUUCAUUCGUCUCAGUGGUGGACUGGAAAAGCAUAUCUCCUGCUGAUAAACUGCAUCUACUGAAAAGGUUGGGAAGAAAAUACCUGUCAUCUUGAUGCCGUGACCCACAUGAAGAUAACAAGUUCCGGAUGGACAAAGAUGACCUGAAAAAAGUAUUAUAUGAUGAACAUAUUAAAAAAUAAACAUAUUAAGUCAUCUGCUAUGACUCCUACACUGAAAAUGUGAAAACACGUGAUGAAGAAAUGCA